AUGAUCAAGUUCGACGACAUUUUCUCCCACCCUUCACAGUCUGCAUGUAUAUAUGUUACUUUGUUUCUACUAGAAAGGUCCCAGUUUAUUAGCUCUCGCACCAUCUGUUUAUUGGCAGAGAAGUUGUUCCAGCUCUCGCACCAUCAGUUUAUUGGCAGAGAAGUUGUUCCAGCUCUCGCACCAUCUGUUUAUUGGCAGAGAAGUUGUUCCAGCUCUCGCACCAUCUGUUUAUUGGCAGAGAAGUUGUUCCAGCUCUCGCACCAUCUGUUUAUUGGCAGAGAAGUUGUUCCAGCUCUCGCACCAUCUGUUUAUUGGCAGAGAAGUUGUUCCAGCUCUCGCACCAUCUGUUUAUUGGCAGAGAAGUUGUUCCAGCUCUCGCACCAUCAGUUUAUUGGCAGAGAAGUUGUUCCAGCUCUCGCACCAUCUGUUUAUUGGCAGAGAAGUUGUUCCAGCUCUCGCACCAUCUGUUUAUUGGCAGAGAAGUUGUUCCAGCUCUCGCACCAUCUGUUUAUUGGCAGAGAAGUUGUUCCAGCUCUCGCACCAUCUGUUUAUUGGCAGAGAAGUUGUUCCAGCUCUCGCACCAUCUGUUUAUUGGCAGAGAAGUUGUUCCAGCUCUCGCACCAUCUGUUUAUUGGCAGAGAAGUUGUUCCAGCUCUCGCACCAUCUGUUUAUUGGCAGAGAAGUUGUUCCAGCUCUCGCACCAUCUGUUUAUUGGCAGAGAAGUUGUUCCAGCUCUCGCACCAUCUGUUUAUUGGCAGAGAAGUUGUUCCAGCUCUCGCACCAUCUGUUUAUUGGCAGAGAAGUUGUUCCAGCUCUCGCACCAUCAGUUUAUUGGCAGAGAAGUUGUUCCAGCUCUCGCACCAUCUGUUUAUUGGCAGAGAAGUUGUUCCAGCUCUCGCACCAUCUGUUUAUUGGCAGAGAAGUUGUUCCAGCUCUCGCACCAUCAGUUUAUUGGCAGAGAAGUUGUUCCAGCUCUCGCACCAUCUGUUUAUUGGCAGAGAAGUUGUUCCAGCUCUCGCACCAUCUGUUUAUUGGCAGAGAAGUUGUUCCAGCUCUCGCACCAUCUAUUUAUUGGCAGAGAAGUUGUUCCAGCUCUCCCACCAUCUGUUUAUUGGCAGAGAAGUUGGAGAACAAUCUGUUGACUAACUGGUUCCAUUACAGUAAAACCUCAUUAUACUGCCACCAUUUGUCCAGAGACAUUUUGGCGUUAUAAAGGGAUUCGGCAGUUAAUUCAGGGAAAUGCAUGUGGGAGUUCUUAAGAAAUAUAUUUAUAUACUUUAUUUAUUUUUACAACAAUUAUGAAACAAGUUAUUUCAACUUGCAUUUUUCACUCUUGUUGGAAAUAUGUUAGCGGUAAACGAGGUUUCAAAUGAAAUGAAGGCAUUAUAAUGAGGUUUUACUGUACAGGUACUUUAAAAACGAAUCCUGAACUGAGGAAUGUGCAAACUUAAACAUAGCACCCUUUGACUUAUGUUUCUUCAUUCACAAUUUAAAACGUAUGUGAUACUUACAUUUUACAAGUGGUGAGCAUUUAUAAUUAGAAACCAUGAAUUGAUGAAAAUGGAAUAAUACAAUUUAGGUGUUCAGCAAUAUCAAUUAGCAUUUGUGUCACCUUGGACAUGGCUACAGUUGGUAAAUAAAGUGAUCCAUUGUAUUGAUAGAAUUAUACCAUUAAUGGCUAAAUGUUUGAUAUUUCAAUAAAUAUAUUUAUUUAUUAGUUUCAUACUCAUCUGUAGUUUUACAGUGGUCUGAAAUUUUGUCAAUUCAUAGUAAUAGUAAUAUCAAAAAUAGUAUUGUAGGAUUUUUAAAUUACUAUUAUUAUUAAUUAUUGACAGACUUUUGGACUCCUGUGGCAGUCUUUAAAUCAGAUUUACUCAUUCACCCCUGAAGACAUAUUUAAACUCUUCCAAUUCAAAGGUUGGAAUAGUUCAUUAUGAAAUUUCAGGGGUGGAUGAGUUAAGGAAAUUACAAUUUUCUGAAGAAUAAAACUAUUUAAAUAUUCAUGUGUAUGAAUGACAAAAUGAGUAUACGAUGUUGAAAAGAUGAGUUAAUAUAUAGGGCGUACUGGUUCAAUUUAACACAAGCAGAACUACAUAUUCCUGGAUUAAGUCAAAGUGUUAUUGUGAUAUCUAGAUACAGCUUGUGUUUUAAUAACAAAAAUUGUUAAUUGAAAUGUGUUAAUGCUGUUUAACUAUUGUGCUGAUCGUGAUGGUUUUGUAUUGGAAUAAAACGGUAUC